AUGGUAGAUUUUUCUUUCAAGGUUGCAAUGUGGCUGGUGUGGAAAGUCAAAAUAAGGAGGAGACGAGAGGUGAACUAUUGAAAGAGUAGAAAUGACAUUCCAUUUGAAGAAAAUGUCAGAGUUUCCUCCUCGAGAUGUUUUGAUUGAUAUCCUUGCUAGACUGCCCAUCAAGUGCCUCGUGCAAUGCACAACUGUCUGCAAAUCAUGGUAUUCUCUCAUCACAAGCCCUAUUUUCAUCACUAUACACCUCAAUCGAUCAGAUGUGAUGAACAAGGAUAACAAGCUUUUUCUGGUCCGAAGAUGCUCUAGUGAUCAAAACGAAGAGCAUUACUCACUACAUUAUGACAAUCAAAUGUUUGAUGAAUAUGCAAAGGUCCGGUUUCCACUGAAGAGCUAUGCAAACUAUAAUUUUCGGAUAAUCAGUAGCUGUAAUGGGGUUAUUUGCCUCUCGUACGAUCAAUUUUUUAUUACCAAUGACCUGUAUCUAUGGAACCCGUCGAUUCAAAAGUUGAUGGCCCUUCCACCUGUUCGUGUCAGACUUCAGUCACGUGGUUCAUUUAUGCAUAACAUUGGGUUCGGCUUUGAUCCAUUGACGAAUGACUACAAGGUCAUAAGGAUCGUGUUUUCAAAUCCUGGGGAAAUUCCACCUGAGGUAGAUAUUUUCACUCUGAGCACGGGCACUUGGCGGGACAUUAGGCAUUUAUGUCUUCCAUAUAUCAUCGAGGAUAGAGCUCCCCUUGCUUAUGUGAAUGGGGCUGCACAUUGGAUUGCAUCUGAUAGGAGAGGGGUCCUUCGUGGCCGCUUGAUCGUGUCAUUCCACAUCGGUGAUGAGGUAUUUCGUGAGAUUAUGCUGCCUGGUAGCAUGGCUAUCGAUGUGUCUUAUCCGUUAAGUCUUCGUGUUGCUAAGUUUCAAGAAUCGCUUUGUCUAAUCGAGAUGCAGUUGAGUGGUCAUUUUGGAAAUAUUGGCAAGUAUUAUUGUGUAUGGAUGAUGAAAGAGUAUGGUGUAGCGACGUCUUGGACUAAACAAUUUAAUAUUGAUAUGGGCAAAAUUUUGGAAAGUGCAGUACUGACAAGUAAUGGGUUUUUGGUAUCUUCUGAUCCUGAAUCCAAAAAGCUUAGGGAUCUCGAAAUUUAUGGUUCUACAUAUUCAUGGCAUAAGGACCAGUUUUAUGCUUACACUGAGAGCCUGGUUUUACUUGGGCUGAAACCACCUGUUUUGCGCGGAAAAGAGAUUGAAGCUGACGAGAAAACCAAGGAAGAAAGGGAAUAGCACCAGGUUGAAAGCAAAAAUGAGGAAGAGACGAAAGGGGAUCUAUUGGAAGAGUAGAAGUGGCAUGUAAACUCUUUUGUGCUUUUAGUUAGUUAGUUUGACUUUGCUUAGUAUACAUGAAUUAUAUAAAUCAUGUAGUUAAGAACUUCCUUUAGGAAGAUUUAUCUGACUCGCGAUGCCUAUAACAUUUAGGCUUUUGUAUGCGUUUUAUAUGUUAUGCUGAUAAUAUUGCUCAACUUUCGAUGCCA